GCGGUGAGGUCACUGUGGGUGACGUCAGGGGUCCAGUGAGAGGCUUCGGCAGAGCCGAGGUAGCGGCCGGAGCAGCAGGAGCAGCAAUUCGGGAGCGGGAGGGCGCAGGAAGAGGAGAAAGCGGGGUCAGGAAGCUGAGCUGAGGAAGGAGACGAAGGAGGCGGAGGAGGGGGGAAGCCCGCGGGGCAGGAAGAGCCGGCUCCAGAAGGGAGGGGCCGCCGAGGCGAGGGGGAGGCCUCCGCGCAGGCGCAGAGCGGGGCUCGGACUCCCCCCCCACCUCCCGAAGCACCCCCCCAGCGCAAAGGGGUCCUGACAGGACAAGAGAGGCAGCUCGAGACUCCGCCCGGGAGGGGCCGCCGGCCGGGGGGGCACCAUGUCCUCCCCCAGCCCGGGCAAGAGGCGGAUGGACACCGACGUGGUCAAGCUUAUUGAGAGCAAACACGAAGUCACGAUCCUAGGAGGACUCAAUGAAUUCGUAGUGAAGUUCUAUGGACCACAAGGAACGCCGUAUGAAGGUGGAGUGUGGAAAGUUAGAGUGGACCUUCCCGACAAAUACCCCUUCAAAUCCCCAUCUAUAGGAUUCAUGAAUAAAAUUUUCCAUCCCAACAUUGACGAAGCGUCAGGAACUGUAUGUCUAGAUGUAAUUAAUCAGACUUGGACAGCUCUCUACGAUCUUACCAAUAUAUUUGAGUCGUUCCUGCCCCAGUUGCUGGCUUAUCCCAACCCCAUAGAUCCCCUUAAUGGUGACGCGGCAGCCAUGUACCUUCACCGACCAGAAGAAUACAAACAGAAAAUUAAAGAAUACAUUCAGAAAUAUGCAACAGAGGAAGCACUAAAAGAGCAGGAAGAAGGCACCGGGGACAGCUCUUCGGAGAGCUCCAUGUCUGACUUUUCAGAGGACGAGGCCCAGGAUAUGGAAUUGUAGUAAAAGAGGCGCCCUGCUUUUCAGAGAGACUAUGACUUCCUAACCACAAGCUGAGAAGCAGACUAUAAUAUUCAUAUUUAAACAAAGCAAUUUUUUAUUACUAAACAAGGUUUUUAUGAAUAAUAGCAUUGAGAUAUAUAUACAUAUAUAUAUAUCACCCUUUAGAUCUUGAUUUUCUUGGUCAUUUCUCAGAACCCAAAGUGCAUUGUAGUGCAUUUCCCACAUUCCACUUUGGUAGCAAAUGUGUGCAGCCCAGAUGCAUGCAUGCAUGCAUCCGUUCAUGAUUCCAUGUUGAGCUGAGUCAACUUGUGGGCUACCGAACUGUCAACGUAAACAGCUGCUUUGCUAGGGAGAGGGUCUGGAUGUUCCCUUUUUUUCUCUCUCUUUUUUUAAAUUAAUGGUUCCAAAGACAACAGGCACACUUGGAUGCAAGCAAUGGAACAGCACUUUCAGAAUAUGUAACAAAAAUUGGGGAAUAGAUGCUAGAAGGAUUAGGCAGUGAAGUUAAAGGCGCUUUUUCAGAUCACCUUGGCUGCUUGCUCUUUGAACGGAGUCGCAUUUUUUAACACGCAAAGAAUGCAUGGAGCUCUUUGAAAUGUCAGCUUUUUCCAAAGUGGCUUGGAUUUUAAGUAUGUUUUCUCUGGACUUUCUGCCUGCCUCUAGGGACUGGUGCUGAUUGGUCUGGUUUGCUUGGGGAACCGUUGAAAGGCUUACAUCUGGACAGUUAAGUCACCUGACUGGUCUGGAUUCGGAGCAUCUCCAUUUUUAUUUUUAAGGGACGGAACACAAGCGCUGUCCAUUGUUGGCUUACUUAACCGGGAGUACAUCAACCCAUGUUUUGGUCCCAGUUUCGAAACCACCAACAGUAGUAGUCGUGUGUGUGCGUGCGUGUUUCCCCCUUGAUGUCUCUGCAUACGCUUUGCAAGCAACCUCCAGGCAGAGAGGGUCUUCCCACCAGGUGGAACUGCUGGCUCCUUUUGGCCGUUGAUCAUGACUCCAUUGGUGCACGUGCUUGCUUGUUCUUCAGCUGCUCAGUAGCAACCCUUCUUCUGUGAGUGGCUGCAGCAGACCAGACAAUCUAGAAAACCCAGCGCGAAGUGCAGAGAGGGGUUUGUUUUUGAAGAGAUUGCCAAAAGGAGUGCUAGUUUCAGAGAUCCUUCUGAUUGGAACACAUUUGUUUCUCCUGGUACAUUUUGAACAUGCCAAGGGUUUCCUCCAUCUCCCCUCCAUGUAAUGGUCUGAGAAAACACCAUAUCAUAUAAACGCCUCCCUGGGAUGUUGAUGAUACUUGAAUAUGGAUAAUAGCGAGAGUCCCAACAAGAUGGAUUUCCACUCUGGAUAUUGCCUCUGCUGUAUUUGUAAAAGCAUGUUUGGACAGGAUGUGGGUGGAUUUUGGGGUUCAACCUCUAGGACCAUACUUGGAAUUUACACUGGGGUGACUUGUGCAGAACGUUGAGGGUCAAGCUAUGCUCAGUACAUUUCUCUUCCCCCCCCCCCUCCAAUUUUCCUUUUUAAAACACCAUUGAAUCUUGGAGCGGGGUAGAGUGUCAAACGAGUGCAAUCCUAAAGUAUAAAUCAAUUUGAUUUUUUCCCUUUUGGAAAGAAAGAGCUUCUGUAAAGUGGAAUUUUACUUUCGCAUGAUUAUUUUCCUUUAAUAAAGCAGAAGCAUACCAAGAAUUCAAAUUACGGGCAUGAAGCAAACACAAUGAAGUUUUCUUUUUUCUUUUUUUAAAUUAAAAAGCAGUAAUGUAGGGCUGUGGUUAGUUGCUGAGCUAAAAUCCUCUGCUUUGGCAAGUGUGACUUGUUGGAGAGGUUAGUAUUAACUCUGGAACAUGGAGCAGUGAGCUGUAACUCUUGAGCCUGGCCACUUCCUUGACUCCGGAGGCGAGUCAGAAGAGCCCCACAACCUCUGCAAGACUUGUUAGGUGCUCUGCUUGGGCGAUGGCCUCUAGGUGCUAUUUAGGUAUAGACUUUGAGUACUGGGGUGGCUGUGGUGAUGGUGGUACCAUUUAACAAAAUAAAUUGUAUUUUUUCAAUAUUGUAUAUACAGAUAUUAGUGUUCUAAUUACCUCUUCGUUUUCCUGGUUAAAAAAAAUUCCCAAUCCUAGCAAGCGAUCAGAUUUAAACACCUUUUUUAACAUACAUUUUUCUCCCUCUAAGUAUUGAUUUCUUUUCCAAACAAAGCAGUAAUCCUAGCUUUAAGCAUGCAAAAGAAAUGUCAGACACAAUCCAUGGUACAUGGCGUCCCCAAAAAUGCAACAUUGACCCUCUCCCCCCUCCUCCCCACUGCUGGACCUCUGGUGCAUCAAGGCCCUGCUUGGCAUCACUCACCUGAAUUGUUCACAGCUCAGGUGGGAGAUUAUGUCAGGCCUCCAAAUAAUUUCACAAUAACAUCUUAACCUUAGCUGUAGCCAUAUUUUCUCACACACAGCCUUAGUAGCCCAUUUGGCAAAUGGUUGCAAAGAACCCUGCCAUUGUGUUGACCUUCAGAGUGGCCAUGGCAGCCAAGAGGAAGCUGGCAAAAUGCCUCUGGCUUUAUGGGAGCCAUCUUAAGACCCCUUCGUAAGGACCUCUCUUGGAAGUUAACUACCUUGAAUGACUCGUGGCUGCCUCUUUCCCCUCAACCAGCUCCACUGAGCAGUCUUGAGGGGCCCUCUGUUCCUACUACCACUCUUGUUUGUGCACAAAAACCUGUUGCUUGCGUCGCUGCUGCACUCUCGUCGGUGUCUGGGAUGGCAGAGCAGAACCAGCUGAAUCCCAUGUUGCUCUCCAGAAACGCUCAUGUUCCUAUUGAAACCACCUCUUGUCCAGAAUCUCCAAAGCUGCCUCCAGUGGCUGAGUUUCCAGGCCGCCCAGCAUAGCCAUCCGGUGGAGGCACAGCUUCAGCGUGUUUUGAGUUCUUAGUUGCUGUGCUGAUCUGCAUGCCCCCUAAACAGGAUCUUGCGUUCUUGUAUCUGCUGUGGGUUUUUUCUUGCUCAUUAGUGGGGAAACCUCCUCCAUCCUCCUUGGCCUUCAAUCUACUCCCCUUCAUCAGAAUGUCUCUUAGGUCACCAACGAGGUUCUCCUUGAAGCACUUAGAUUCUUAUUCCACUUUUUCUCCUGCUGGUCUCAAAGUCCACAAUUUUUUGACCUUUGGUUAGCUCUUCUUGUCGUGGUGUCUUAAGUUAUUAGAUAAAAAGAUGGAGGGAGCGGAUAGGAAGGUAGCCUUAAACCACGCUGAUCGCAGGGGCACGUGAUCUCGACUUUUCGCUCUGAACACUCCGCUAUAGAGGUGGAUGCUGUGAUGGCCCCUUACUGCCUCAAGUUUGGGUUGGUCAAGAAAGUGUAAAAACUAGAGCCCGUGGCUGCUUCUGUAAUCUCUCGUGUAUUUGUGGUGGUUGUUUUCCUACUUUUUGAGGGGGGUGGGAACUCGCACAAGGAAGAUGGAAUCCAUAUAAAUAGUAGAAGGCUGGGUCCCUUCAACUUGGGUCCCUGGAUGCUGUUGGACUACAGCUCCCAUCUGGGAGUCGUAGUCCAAUGUUACCCAGCCAGGGAUCCACGUGGGAGAGCCCCUGGCAUGAGGGAUGAGAAAUGUUCUACCUUUGGGGCUUGGCUAGCUUUCUGCAGCUAGAUUUGGAAUGGCUGACGAUGGAAGUAGUUGGCACAGGAGUGUCUGGAAACUCCCGUCGUCCCAUCUAUGUACCUCACCAGGAGGUGGGAUCGGGGGACUGUUGGUUUUAUAAUUAUAUAUAUAUAUAUAUAAAAUAUUUUCUCUUUUGCUUCCUCUUGCUCGUCCAAGUUGUGCUGGCACUUGAUGCAGGAGUGUGUGCCGCAUGAGAAAUGGCCAUUUAUUUUACUGACUGUAUUUGGUACAUAUUGUGUGAAAUACUUGAAGAGAUAACGGGGCGUCCAGCCCUCCCAUAUGAGUCUGAGCUUUUUUCUCCUCCUCUUCCUCCCACCUCCCCACCCCACACUCUCUGCAUUGUGAUGAUGUAGUGGGCAUGUCUGACGCCAUGACAGAUGCCUCUUCUAAGAAUUAUAACCUCUCAAAAUAGUUGUGUAUAAUUAAAGAAACUGUAAACUUUUUUAAAAAUAAAAUAUGUAUAUACCUUGGG